AUGGCGAAAAAGGAUUCAUGUAGCCAACCUCAUGUAGUGGGACAAAGGCUUGAUGUUGUUGUUAUUGUUAAUAUUUUUUAUGCACCCAUACGGGAUGAUGCAAUUAUCAUUUCGUCAUUAAAGUUCUUCUAACCUUUUAUUCUGUCCUCUUAAUUCUCUUAGUGUUCAGAUGUGCUUGAUUAGAGAUCAAAUUUAUUUACUAGCUCUUGAUUUUUUAGUUAAAAUGCAUUUCCUAUAUUGAUAUCUUAUGCAGCCGGUAUGCUUCCUGCUUGGAUCAUCUUGAGAAUCUCAAACCAAAUCUUCUCCUGGAUAUUCAUUUGCACGAUCAUGUUGAGCCAUUGUACGCUCAAAUUCGCCAUAAAGCCAUUAUUCAGUACACCCAUCCUUUCAUUUCCGUUGAUCUGCCCACGAUGGCCUGUGCCUUCAAGACUACUGUUCCUGGGCUACAGAAGGAACUGGAAGCUAUGAUUGCUGACAACCAAAUACAGGCUCGAAUCGACUCGCAGAACAAAAUCCUUUAUGCUAGACAUGCUGAUCAGAGGAACUCAACAUUUCAAAGAGCUCUUCAAACUGGUGUAGAGUUUGAAAGAGAAGUUAGAGCAAUGUUACUUAGGGCCAAUCUUAUCAAACUUGGGCACAACCAGAGAGGGUCUAGAAAACUAUGAUUUUUCUCCUCAAUCCUUAGUCGAAUAGAUCAAAAGUGGCCAUUUGCGACCAGGACAGCCAUUGAAUUCUUUUUUGAAGUUCAAAUAAUGGAGGGUAUUGAAUUCUCUUAGUUAUAUUGGUCUUGGAUUGGAACUUCUUUCAUUGACGUGGUGGUUGUACUUGAAUGUUUAUAUGCUUUUUGUUGGGAUGGCUCUCAAUCAGCGGCAAUUGUAUAGUUGAAAUAUGGAAAUCCUGUAUCCUCUACAUCAUAUACCUCCCAAUUUGCUGCAGGAAAAUGUAAUUACAUUAGCCAGAUCUAUCUGUUUUCUCUUAUCUCGCCUAUCAGUAGCUUGAUCCAGGAAGAUAGACCAUUUCAAGGCCACUGUUGCAGUUAGAAUGAUGAUUGAUGAUUUCAUUGAUGUGAUAUAGUUGUUAAAACCUGUCCAUUGUAUGCAGCAGUGUUACUGCUCUUGUAGUAAUUUGGAUGUAAAAUAAUUUGGUUGUGUUCAAAAU